GAAAGAUGGUGCUUACUAGUGUUGCUGUUGACAUUCCUAUAGUCUUUGAAGAUAAUCUUAUAUGCGAAGAUCUGAUCAUUGACGUUCCACUAGUCAUGGAGCCAGUCCAGUGGCGUGAGUGUUGCAUCUACAAGGUCCCCAAGAAACUUCGCCAGGUAAACAAAGAGGCCUAUACUCCAAAGCUAAUCUCAAUAGGCCCUUUUCACCAUGGUGAAAAAGAUUUGAGGGGUGAAAAAGAAUUAAGGGACGAGGAAAAUGAAGACUACUUCAAGGAUUUCUGUUAUAGGACUGGAAAAUGCCAAAAGGAAAUAGCUAGGAUCAUUGAAGAAAAUGAAGUAAAGAUUCGCCAUUGUUAUGCAGAGAUCUCUAAACUAAACAGCGAAGACUUUGUGAAAAUGGUUCUAGUGGAUUCAACCUUUAUCAUUGAGCUCUUCUUGAGGAGUCAAGAGAAGAUGAAAAAGGAUUAUAUAUUAAGUAAACCAUGGCUAGAGCAUGGCAUCAAGAAAGAUUUGAUGUUACUUGAGAACCGACUUCCAUUUUUUAUUCUUAAGGAGUUAUAUGAUCAAAUUUCCUAUUCUGAGAAAAGCAAUGAAAUUUCCUUUCUUGAUCUUGCUUGUGGGUAUUUUUCUUUUUCUAAGUCAAAAAUACCAGAUGGGAAGGAAGUAAAACAUUUUACUGAUUUGGUCAGAUAUUCCUACUGUCUAUCUAUUCAAUACGACAAGGGAGACACUAUUUCUAAUCUACAUAGUGCAACAAAGCUUUUGUUGAAGGUCCCAAGGUUAACUGUGGAUGAUGCAACUGAGGUCCGUUUCCGAAACCUCAUGGCAUUGGAGCAAUGCCAUUAUCCAUCUGAAUCUUAUAUAUGCAACUAUAUUGUGCUGUUGGAUUAUCUUAUCAACACUAGAGAAGAUGUGGAGUUGUUCAUUGAAAAUGAGAUUAUAAUUAAUGGGUUAGGCAGCAAUGAAGCAGUUGCUACUAUGGUAAACAACCUAGGCCUUGAAAUUGUGGAAAAUCAUUCCCAUUACGGAGAAAUGGCUAAAAAGCUUAAUGAGCACUGUGAGAAUUGUUACAACCAUAAUAUGGGAACUUUGUCACUUUGA